AUGAAAGUAGCUGAGCUUAUUGAUUUUGAGCUUCACACUUGGAAGACUACCAUGGUUCAGGAUAUCUUUAACCCCAUUUCAGCUCAAGCAAUCCUAUCCAUUCCCAUCCCUAUCAGGCUGAGGCCAGAUAAGCUAUUGUGGAUUCCAGACUCCAAAGGUCUUUUCUCAGUCAAAUCUGCUUAUAAGGAGCUGUUGGCUAAUCCCCCUUCCCAAGCUACCACCGUAGUUAAAUGGUCAAAGCUUUGGAAAUUGAGAGGUCCGGAAAGAAUCAAAAUGUUCCUCUGGAGAAUUGCAGUAAAUGCUCUCCCCACGAGAGAAAACUUAAUGAGCCGCAUGGAUAUUUCUGAGCCAUGGUGUGUACUCUGUAACCAGGAGGUGGAAUCUGCUGCUCAUCUUUUCCUUAAAUGCCCUGCAGCCAAGGCGAUUUGGUUCUCUGCAUGCUGGGGUUUCAAAUCAGAUGAAGCUCACUUAGCUCUUCCUAGUGACAUCAUUAAGGUAAUUUUGGAACCUCCUCCGGCCCUCUGUCAAAUGCAAGAUAUGUGGCUAGUAUCCCUAAAUAUGGCUCUUACUAUGGAGGAAAUUUGGUGCAUCCGCAAUGCUGUUAUACACCAAAACGGUACUGUUGACCUCCAGGCUUCCAUAAGCAGGAUUGGGAAAAAACUGAAUGAAUGUGCUAAGGUUUUCUUCAUCCCUCAAGCGCCUUUAGCUGAACAACCAGUGGUGCACUGGUCUCCCCCUCCUUUGGGAUAUACCAAACUCAAUGUGGAUGCGGCCAUUUCUCAGAACAACUCAGCCUUAGCGGUCAUUGCUAGAGAUGCUCAUGGUCGUGUGUUGAAGGCCUGGUCUAAGAUUCUGCCAAAGAGAUCCCCGCUCUCUGCUGAAACCGAAGCCAUUUUGUGGGCUCUGCAGCUUGCUAAAAGUGAGGCUUGGAGUGAGAUCAUUCUGGAAAGUGACUCAAAGAAUAGCAUUGAUGCAAUCAUGGACUGCACGUCUUGUCCCCUUUGGUCUAUCUCCUCCCUGGUUUCGGACAUUUGUUUCCUGGCUAAGUCUUUUGAUUCUUGUCAGUUUUUUUGGAUUAGUAGAAUCUGUAAUUCUGCUGCCCAUGAGGUAGCAAGGUUUGCUUUAGUGUCUUUAGUGUCUUUCAGUUUGGUCUCGGAAAAUCUUCCAGCUAGUGUGGCUAGUGCUUGUAAGGAAGAUGCUUGUUUUUGUUAA